CUUCCCGUCAUAAUUUCCAAGCUGUUUGUUAGGACUCCCUUAUGUCACCCGUCAUAAGCAUAAAUGAAUUACAAUUUUUAAGAAUAAUAAUUGUCGCUUAAUCGUAUACAUUGAGAUUUAAUGACUUACAAAUAUUCGUUUUUUUAACAUUUAUUUUUUGGGAAAUGAAGCGAAACGUUAGGAAGGAAAAAUGAUCAAUACUUGUUCCAAUAUCUUAUGAUCCCAGUAUGGUUAUUGAUAUCUUAUUAGUUUGUCAGAAGUUUAACGUGUUUCUAUAUUUUUAAGUUUUUUAAAAAUGGCAAAUCUUGACGCAAACAAAAAACUCAAUAUGUUAUCAACAGAUGCCAAACCUGAUCCACCUCGGAUAAGUCAAUCUUUUAUGAAUGAUGACACUAAAAAUGCAACUUGUAAGCAACAAGAAAACUUUUCUCAUAAAGUGCAGUCGUAUCCACUAUUGGAAGAGCAGAAUGCAUCAAAAAAGCUAAAAAAUAAAAGCAUUGGAGAUGUUGUCAAUUACAACAUUAUCAAUUCUAACUACGUUACCAUUGGAUCAACAAAUACUUAUUCUUGCAAUAUAAAACAAGUUUCAGGAACCCACCAUCGACGAACUAAAACAUCGAGUAAUUAUGUUGUUUUAGAAAUGCCGCAGCACGUAAAAGUACUGAGCUUAUGCGCGCAACAGCUCACUAUUGAACAUAUGUUUCUUAUUAAAACUCAUAUAGGAUAUGGUUGGAGAAGAGUUUUUGAAUCAUUAGGUUACUCAAAAGGACAAAUAGAUCAGUUUGUCGAGAAUCAUCGAAUGAAAGGAAUUGAUGAGGUUAUUUACCAACUCCUCCUUGAUUGGAAAUAUUCGAAUGGUCGAAAUGCUUCCAUUGGAGCUAUCAUUAAUCACUUGUGGAAAUGUCAAGUAUAUGAUUGCGCUGAAAAAUUAGCUGCAACGCUAUAGAUUUUCAAUAAAUAUAAAUAUAGGGAUCCACUCGAGCUGAGAUAAGACAAGAUAAGAACGAUCUUGACAUUUUUCUUCUCGUCCGUGAUUAAAAAAAGGAAUUUAAAAAGAUUCGAAAUAAAAAAUUUUAAAUACUUUUUAAUACUUUUGCAUACCUUGAAUACUUUUGAAUCCCUCUUCUUAUGGGAAUUUAACAUUGCAAAUCGUUUUAAAUCCCUUUUUUUAAUCAGGGGUCUUAAUCUUGAACUCAAAAUAUAAUUCUCGUAUUGAUCUUGAAUAUCAGUCAAUCCUUUAUAUCGUCUUGUCUUGACGUGUCAAGAUCUUCUCUUGGUCUUGAAUUAUUCUGAAUUUUUCUUAAAUUAAUUUAAAAUAGUUUACACAAUUAUAUUUCAUUGGUUUAUAUUUUAUAAUUAGGAUAAUUUUUAAAUAUGUCUUGGAUUUGUUACUGAAUUCUUCAUUCUUUUUUAAAAUAAAUGAGCUUCCAUAUUA